CCGGGAAGGCACUCGGCAAAGAUAACUCCUUUGUCGAAUGUCAUCCGUGACACUCGGCAAAGACGUCGUCUCCGUCACCCGUCACCGGCCUCUUUUCUUUGCUGAGUGCUCUCUGGCACUCGGCAAACCUCUUUGCCGAGUGUCCGAGAAAAAGUAUUCGGUAAAGAAGACUUUGCCGAUGCACUGUUUGUCGAGCCUUCUUUGCCGAGUGUUUUUAAGGCUUUGCCAAGCAAUCGGCAAAGCGUCCGUUUCCGGUAGUGUUUGGUUGCAACUACUGUUGUUGGAAGGUCGUUCUUUUAUUGCAUCCCUCCCAAAUAAUAUUCCCAUCGAAUUGAAGGAGGCUCUCUGCGAUUUAUCCAAGUGGAUUGCUAAGAUCGAUCGCCGUCUUCUUUCGCUGUGAAAUUCAGUGGCUAACUUGUACCUCGAUGUCGAUUGAUUGCCCGAGCCAUGCAUUUAGCUGUAGCUGUAGCUGUCGUGAUCUGUUAUUAUUAUCAGUAAAUUUUUCCAAUAGCUAACGACUCUGAAUCCAUGCAUGUUGCUUGGCUUUGCUUGGCCAGCUCUUAGCUGCUGUCAACUCAGGAGGGGAGGAGAGGAGAUCGACCUGCUUCAGCAAUCAGCGGUGGCCGGAUGUUGUUGACGAGUGCGACGGCGGCGGAAGGUAGCGGCCAAGGCUCCCCGGCUGUGGCAGACACGGCUCGGCCGGAGGGACGACGUACGCCAUCGGCCAUCCAUGGAGGAUGGACCGGAAGCCGGAUGAUGAUCCAUGGUGAUGGUGUAGCCGCGCGCAGACCCACCCACCCGUGACGGAGAGGUUUGACGACCCCAUCUCGAUCAAUCUCACGACGCGUCGUCCUAGUCUUCUCCCUUUUCGUCCGUGUCCGGCGACGACUGUCCGUGGGUGGAGGAAUCACGAGGUUUUCCUCCACCCCUUUUUCUCUUCCAGCUUGUUCGGCUGCCACAGAGAGAGCACUGUUGCAGCUGCAAAAUACUGUUGCGGCUGCAAUCACUAGAGACAAAAUACUGUAGAAGCCGCAGCCGUAGUCGGAUUAAAGCCGCAGCGAACAGGGCCGAAUCUUGACGUGCCGGUGGGGGUGGGCCGUGGCGGUAUUGGCGAUGAUGCCCUGGACGACGGGACGGGAUUCUCCACUCGUCUCUUUUCUCUCCUGACUCCUUUUGUCUUUCGACGAAUAUCCAUUACUUAUAUUUUUCAUAAUAACAAAAACAAUAAGACUAAGAGUACAGAAAUUCAUUAUUUUCUAUAAAAAAGCAGCAGCUUUGAUUACGUCAAAAUGCUAGCAUGACACCGUACAUACAUAUAUAUACAUAUAUGCUGUUCUAAUUAAGUUAGUGUUUGUUUCGAGAUUGGUGGAACCAAGAUGUUCUGUUCUAGCAGAUAGGAUGUUUGGUUUGAUCCUAGAUAGAAUCGAGUCACUCAAAAAAUAAAAUAUUCCUCUAAUAUAUUGCAUACCAUAGCCAAGACCUACCACCUUACAGAUGACAUAUGUUACUGUAAAAGGAAACACUCAUAUUCUAAGUUGAAGAGAGUAGUUGGACCACCGUAAACUAGGGUCGUAGCCAGAGUGAUACGAGAGAAUAGCAAACCUUGUUAAUUAUGUCAUUAAUCCGAUCAUGUUUCCUCCCCUCUUACACUAUUGGGUCAGGAGACUCAUGGGACAUGUCCAAUGUAUUCUGAAAACAACAUUGAUAGUAUUUUUAAUCUGUUUUUAGCAAGCGAACUCGUAAAUGUUUUGUUAAAUAUAUUAGAGCCUAGGUAGCAUAUUUCGAAGUGUUUCCAAUAAACCCUUUCUCUUUCUCUCACAUGCGUAAUUUAGCCUUAUAUGCAAUGUAUAUGAAUCUAACACCUGGUGGUACUAGAUGUCCAAGUUGUAUGAUUAGACUCUCAUAUUAAUAGUAUAUAUCUAUCCUAAUCCGAUCACGCUCUCUAUUACGUCUUGAUCGAUAAAAUGCAUUAGCUUUAUACUAUACAUAGAGUACUUAUAUUUUGCCUUUCUCAUUCCUCAUCUUUCCAUGUUGAGCACUAUAUCAUCAUUUAUUUUCAACCACCAUUCCUUUAUGGUCAACCUUUGGAUGUGCAUUUAGCCUUAUCUCAUUCACAACACUUAGAGUAAAGGUUGGUCCACUAGUUGUAUCAAUUACUGAAAUCACAUAUGGAGCUUUCAAUCCCCCAUCUUUCUUGUUAAUUGAUGACAACCAUACAAAGUUAGGAAUUUUAAAUUUUGAAUUACAUGUCUAGUUUAGUUACUAGUUUAGUGUGGAUUUGAGCAACUUGUCUAGUCAUUUUAAUCACUUUUGAAUUAUUUAGACAAGCUUCUCAAAUUUUGUUUGAUAUUGUUUGCUCCCUCUACAUGCAUGCAUAUGAAGCUUGCACAUAUGCUGGAUUUGAUUUUUUUGAGAAAUCAAUCUUACCCAAUGUUUCUGAAGUUUAUAGGAUAUAUUCAUCCUUAGCACUUGGGGUAGCAAAAUCAUUAUUGCACAAAUAGAUAAUUUACUUUGUUGCAUAGGUUUUGACUAAGAUAGAAAUUAGAUGCCAUGGUUAGAAAUAGGUUUUAAGCUACCUAAUUCAACCCCUCCUCUUAGGCGUCAUGGUGGUCCCUUCGAACGUGAAACACCUUCGCACGGAGGAAGACUUUCUCUUACCAAACUCCUCCAUCAAUCCCAAUUCGCUUUCUCAUGCUCCGGCACGGGCGGAUGGUCCCUGUCGCUUGAGUGAAUGUUGUUUCCCGCCAUCCUUGGGAAACUCGGCUAGCACCCGACAAAAUCAUGUGUCCUACAAAAUUAAAUCAGUGGUAGAGAUGGGGAACUACUUGAGGCAAAGGGGCACCGAUUAAAUACGACACGCCCAACAAUAUAUAACACAAGAGACAAGCUACCUAGAAUCCAAUGUGAGUGUCGUCUGCCACUGAAAACACAAAGUAAUUAGACCAUGUUAAAUUCGCUUUUAAACGGAGUCAAACCAAAGACCUAAGGUACUGCUAAGGCUCUUGACCAACUACUAACCCAAAUGUUGGACAUACUAGACAAUAAAGUCUCUAAAGUGUAUAUAAGAUAUAGGUUGGUUUAGAUACACUCCAACGGCUUAUUCAGAUAGUUAUCCAAAUAUAGUCAUCCUUAAUUCUGCGUUUUGUCGCUAGCUAAAGAUAGAAAACAUGAAUGACUCUGUAGAGUGUAAAUAAGGUAUAGAAAACUGUUGAGGAUUGGAAAGAUAUAAAACAUUGUUUUUAUGUAAAUGACACUCUGGAUGAUAAUUUGGAGAGCAAAAUUUAGAAUACUCUUGGAGAUGCUAUUAAAUACUUGGUAUAUCUAGCCCACCAAUUUAAAUAUACUAGAGAUGAUUUCGACUAAUUUUUAGCUAGCUACCUUUGGAACUAAACAUGUCUACAAAGAAGUUGGAAGGUGAAAAAUCUAAACAAAUGCAAGAUUUAAAAAUUUGUUGUAAGGUAAAAAAAUUAAAACGAUUUAUAUUCAAAGGAAGAUCAAAUACCCAAUAUGCAUUGUUUAUUACUUGAAUCCAAUAUAAACCGUUCAUCCGGAUAGCAAGGAAUUGGAUAGCGCCAUAGGCUAGCUGUCCGUACCUCCUAACGAAAUUGACUUGAAUUUGACUCCGCACUCUCCGCAGCUGAUUCUUUCCUCCCGGCUCCCGCUAGAGACGGACGGUUCGUUUUUCCUUUGCAUGCGCCGCCCUCCGGCCUUCCACUUCCCACGCAAACCGCCGCCGCCACCUCCUCGGGCUCGGCGGCGCCGGCGCCCAUGGCGACCCCGUCCCACGGCAUCCCCCUCCGCGCGCUCCUCCUCCUCGCGCUGUCUCUUCUCUCCAUCCCCAUCGUGUUCCAGCUCCUCCACCGCCCGACUCCCAGUCCCAUGCCCCCUCCGCUCCUCCGAAUAACCUGCGCCGACGCGGCGUCGCAGUCGCCCCGCGCGAACCCUCCUCCACUCGCCUCCGACGUACACGUACCACCACCGGCGCCUAAGCCGGAGGAGGCGUCGGAGCCGACGUCCCUGCGCCACGUGGUAUUCGGGAUCGCCUCCUCCCGGCGCACGCUGCCGCUCCGUCUCCCUCUGCUCCGGCUCUGGCUGCGCGCCCCCGCGCGCGCCUUCCUCUUCCUGGACGCGCCGGCGCCGGACGCCCGCGACCUCCCACCGGGCCUCGCCCUCCGCGUCUCCGCCGACGCGUCGCGCUUCCCCUACACCCACCGGCGCGGCCUCCCCUCGGCCGUCCGCGUCGCGCGCAUCGCCGGGGAGCUCGUCUCCGCGCUGAAUCAGCAGGAGGAGGAGGAUGUGCGGUGGCUCGUGCUCGCCGACGACGACACCGCCUUCGUCCUCCCGAACCUGCUCCACACGCUGCGCAGGUACGACCACGGCGAGCCCUGGUACCUCGGCGCGCGCUCCGAGUCCGCGGCGCAGAACGCGUUGCACGGCUUCGCCAUGGCGUACGGCGGCGCCGGCAUCGCGGUCAGCUGGCCGCUCGCGCGCCGCCUCGCGCCCGCGCUCGACUCGUGCGUGCUCAGGUAUCCGCACCUCUACGGCAGCGACGGCAGGAUCUACGCCUGCCUCGCCGAGCUCGGCGUCGAGCUCACCCACGAGCCGGGCUUCCACCAGAUCGACCUCCACGGGGACAUCUCGGGGCUGCUGAGGUCGCACCCUCUGUCCCCUCUAGUCUCGCUACACCACCUCGACCACGUCCACCCGCUCUACCCGGGAACGGACCGGGCGGGGUCGGCGCAGCGUCUGUUCCGGGCUGCCGACGCCGACCCGGCCAGGGUCCUGCAGCAGACGGUGUGCUACGACCGCGCAAGGUCUCUCACGGCGUCGGUCUCGUGGGGGUACGCGGUCCAGGUGCUCAGCGGCAACGUGCCGCUCCCCGACCUCCUCGCCGCGCAGAGGACCUUCGCGCCGUGGAGGAGGUCCGGCGGCCGCGGCCGCGGCCGCAACGCCACGGACGUGCUGUACAUGUUCGACACCAGGCGGUACCCUGGAGACGAGUGCAGACGGGGGGCGCUGUUCUUCCUCGAGAGCGUCGCCGUUGCUCCGGCCGGGGAGGAAGGCGGGACGGCGACGGUGACCACGUACGGGAGACUGGCGCCCAGGAAGUGCCCGCCUGGCUUGGUCCCGCUGAAGAGCCUGCGUCUGGUCAAGGUCACGUCAGAACCACUGCAGCUGGCUCCUGGGAAGGCGUUAAGACGCCAUUGCUGCGACAUCGCGCCUUCUUCGUCUGAUGCUAGCAUGGACAUCAACAUCAGAAGGUGCAAAGACGAUGAGCUGAUCGCCAUGCAUUCAUAGGCAUUCUUCGUUCGUUCAUAGCAGGUCAUCAUCGUCUGCCCCGGUAAUGUCAUUUUGAUCUGGGUGUUUUCCCAGCUGCGACCAGGUAGUAGUACAGACAGGAGAGAGAGAGAAAGGAUACAUAUAAAAAAAACAGACAGACAGGAGAGAGAGAGAAAGGAUACAUAUAAAAAAAACAGACAGACAGACAUACACGGAUCAGGUAGCAUCUUUUGUUUUGUUUAGCUCCCUUUCAAAUCAAAAAGGCAGAGCUGGAGGGGCAUCAGGAUGUAUCCUUAGUUUGGGCACGUUAUUCACUUUUAACCGUAGUUAUGCAUCCUCCUCAAUUCUACA